AAGGGUUGUAAGAAGCGUUUGAGAGAGCUCCAUGGAAAUGUGUGAGCGCAAUCUUCUGAAUUCUGGCUAUGUUGGUUCUUUGUUGAAUUUUCCUACCCCGGAGUCGUUAUAUUUUUCCAACCUGCGGGGCAAUGGAGCUCAUCUCUCUGGGCUGCAUCAGAUUUCCUACAACAGGCGAGAGGUGUGCUCGCUCCCGUGGACUUCCCCAAGUUCGUGCACAUCUCCGCCUCAGAGCCGCGCCUUCAGUGGCUACUCUCCGCCGUUUCUAUCAAAUUCAGUCCCUGUAAAUACUAAUCCCAACAACCACAACAAGGGACCACUUGACGAGUCCAAUAAAUACUACUUUCAGGAUGUAAACCACAAGCCAGAAGAACCUGCUAGACAUGCGCAGGCCUUUUCUGGUGAACAUGGAGUUAUCAAUUUCGGUAGCUCAAAAUAUGAAUUUUCGAACUUGGAUAGACGGUCACAUAAUUCCGGGGCACAACACGAACUGAAUCCCACCAACCAGGCAAGUGCCGCCGGCUUCAAGCAGUCGGCCCAUUCAAUUCCCACAAUUCAACCAUCUUCAAGUAAUGCAGGUGCCAGGGCGUCAUUUUCUCAUGAUGCACCCUGGUGCUCUUCCCAAGUGAAACCCAGAAAGAAGAGAAAACCAUACACAAAGCCACAGCUUGCUGAACUUGAGAACGAAUAUAUGAUGAACGAGUUCAUAAACAGGCAAAAAAGGAAGGAACUCUCUGAAAGACUGGACUUGAGUGAUCAACAAGUCAAAAUAUGGUUUCAGAACCGCAGAAUGAAAAAGAAGAGGCUGAUGAUGCGUGACCAUGCAUUUUCCAUGUACUGAGAGCCUUGGGUCUUGAUAAUGACCUCGUGUGGCUUCGGUUCAGACAAGCGCAGCCACUUCAAUCCUCUGUCCUGAGCCACUGAUCUUGGCAAUAUAGUUAUAGGCCUAUCAUUUAUUUUUUAUUUUAAGAACGAUUUAUUGUAUAUUUUGGAUGGUUAUACAAACAACUGAGCUUGUGAAUUGUUGUUACUAUUGGCCUUGUAUUAUUAGGUAGUUGGUGAUGAAGAAAGCAUUAUUUAUUUUCUGAAAGUCACGUAUUGAACUUGUGUUUGAGUGUUUGUAAAGCAUGCGAUUUAGGUCAAUAGGAUACCUCUUGGCCUAAUGAUUUUAUUCAACGACUCACACACUAUAUCUGAGCGUAUAAUAAGGUAUGGCAAUGUCAAUGGAUGAUUGUUUUUAAUAUAGGCAGGCUAUGCAAGCGUUCAUUUAAAAAAUUUUGUUUCUGGGCUAUGAAUGUUAUUUAUAAUUGAAUCGUAAUACAUGUAUAAGUUAUGUAGGCUUAUUGUAUUGACGAAAUAAACCAUGAUUAUACGGUUAGAAAUGUGUAUGGCUCAUAUCUGUGAUCAGUCCUUCUACGAGGCCUUCACAAUUGCUCGUCCAAGCUCAAGUUCGUGUUUUUUUGUCGGUGGAAAAAUGAACCAUGAAAUGUGUUUUGGAUUAUUAUUAUGAUUUUUUUAAUGUGUUUGCAUGUCUAUCUAAUUCAACACAAUAAAUGUGUUUUUGUCUUA